GGGAGGCCAAGACUGACGUUGGGAGCUGCGGGUUAGGGGGGGGGCGCCAUCUUUUGUGGUGAAUCCACGGGGGGGGGGGGUUGGGGGAAGUGAGUCAGGGGCGAGUAUCGUUCUGAAAUAAAAUCUGGAACGUUCCAUUAUAGAGUAACAUUGGCAUGAAGAUAUUGGCGAAGGCCUGUAGUGGUAAUAUUAAAGACCCUGCUCGGAGUGAAGUGACUUCGAUAUAUUCUUUCAUUUAGUGCGGUGCUGGGUGUCGGGGAGCCCCUGAUUUUUUUUAAUUAAAACUGGAUCGGGGCUCCUUACCAGACCAUCAAUAAGGCAAUUUGUUUGGGAAAAGACGUCGCUGCUGGUGAAAACGAAACCGUGCCCAUUCACUGACGCCCCUCUCAUUUCCCCAUCUCUGUUCCCCGGCCUGACAGGAAACCCUGCUGAUUGCACAUCCUCGCACUGAGAUCGGACCAUCAAUUCGAAGCAAACGAAUGUAUGACACCAUGUCCACGAUGGUGUAUUUAAAGGAAGAUAAACUUGAAAAGCUAUCGCAGGAAGAGAUUAUUGGCAAGACAAAACAAGUGAUCCAAGGACUUGAAGCCUUAAAAAAUGAGCACAACUCUAUUUUGCAUAGCCUGUUGGAAACCCUGAAAUGUCUUAAAAAAGAUGAUGAGAUGAACCUGGUUGAAGAGAAAUCCAACAUGAUCCGCAAGUCUCUGGAAAUGUUAGAACUUGGUCUCAGUGAGGCACAGGUGAUGAUGGCAUUGUCCAGUCACUUAAGUGCAGUGGAAUCAGAAAAACAGAAAUUACGUGCUCAGGUGCGUCGGUUAUGUCAGGAGAACCAGUGGCUACGGGAUGAGCUGGCGAACACUCAACAAAAAUUGCAAAAGAGUGAGCAGAGUGUAGCUCAAUUGGAAGAGGAAAAGAAACAUUUAGAAUUUAUGAAUCAACUCAAAAAAUAUGAUCCAGAUUCUUCACCACUGGAGGACAAGGAUACUGAUUCAUCCAAAGAACCAUUGGAUGACCUUUUCCCCAAUGAAGAUGAUGAGGCAGGACAGGGAAUUCAGCAACAACACAGCAGUGCAGCAGCUGCAGCACAGCAGGGUGGUUAUGAGAUACCAGCCAGACUAAGGACCCUACAUAAUUUAGUCAUACAGUAUGCGUCUCAAGGCAGGUAUGAAGUAGCCGUACCUCUUUGUAAACAGGCUCUUGAAGAUUUGGAGAAAACAUCAGGGCAUGAUCAUCCUGACGUUGCUACUAUGCUCAAUAUUCUUGCUUUGGUGUACAGGGACCAGAACAAAUACAAGGAGGCGGCAAACCUACUUCAUGAUGCCUUAGCCAUUCGAGAGAAGACCUUAGGAAAAGAUCACCCUGCGGUGGCAGCUACAUUAAAUAAUCUUGCAGUUCUUCAUGGAAAAAGGGGAAAAUAUAGAGAGGCUGAACCCAUGUGUAAGAGAGCUCUGGAAAUACGUGAAAAGGUACUGGGUAGGGAUCACCCUGAUGUGGCAAAACAGCUAAAUAAUUUGGCCCUAUUGUGUCAGAACCAGGGGAAGUAUGAAGAGGUAGAAUAUUACUACGAGCGUGCAUUGGAGAUUUAUCAGACAAAACUUGGACCUGAUGAUCCGAACGUAGCAAAGACAAAAAACAACUUGGCUUCUUGCUACCUAAAGCAAGGCAAGUUCAAACAAGCAGAAACAUUGUAUAAAGAGAUUCUCACUCGUGCUCAUGAAAGGGAGUUUGGUUGUGUGGAUGAUGAAAAUAAGCCUAUUUGGAUGCAUGCUGAAGAAAGAGAGGAACAAUGCAAAGGAAAACCAAAAGAUGGCACCACAUUUGGUGAAUAUGGAGGCUGGUACAAGGCAUGCAAAGUUGACAGUCCAACAGUAACAACUACAUUAAAGAACCUUGGGGCACUUUAUAGACGUCAGGGCAAGUUUGAAGCAGCUGAAACACUGGAAGAAGCAGCUCUGAGAUCUCGUAAACAAGGUCUUGAUAAUAUUCAUAAACAAAGAGUAGCUGAAGUGCUGAAUGAUCCUGAAAGCAUAGAGAAAAGAAGAAGCCGUGAAAGUCUAAAUGCUGAUGUGGUAAAAUAUGAGAGUGGUCCUGAUGGAGGUGAAGAAGUGAGUAUGGGCGUAGAAUGGAAUGGGGAUGGAACUGGAUCUUUGAAGCGGAGUGGCUCCUUCAGCAAACUGCGUGCCUCCAUCAGACGUAGUAGUGAAAAACUAGUGAGAAAGCUGAAAGGUGGAAGUCCUCGAGAUAAUGAGCCAAAGAAUUCUGGCAACGAAAUAAUUGUCUGACAGAAUCCAGAAGUCUGAGUGUCAGCCAUAACGACCUGACACGCUGUGGAUCAACAUUUGGAACGAACUAGACCCACCAUGUGGAAGAAAUGUGAUUGUCAUUGCUGGAAUUUCUUAAUACUUUUCAAAUUAAAAUCGUGAAAUAUUAUACUGUACAAAUUCAACAGAAGUUUUUGAUAUUGUAUUAGAACACAAACUAUGCCUUCUUAUAUUGUGAAUUGUUGUGAUGCAGUAGGAGUUGAAAAUAUAUACAUUAUGCCAUUAGCAUCAAAGAAAAUAUGUUUUAAAGAACAAAAUAAAAAUGCCACAGCUGAGCUGGUUUUAGAUAUGUGGGUAGAAACUACAAUUGUGAUACCAUUUAGUGUGACUUAAUUUGUACAGCUAAGUUCAUCCUUCCUUGCUUGUUUUAAAAUAGGGUCUCCUGCAAACCACUUUAUUAGCUAUUUUCAAUAAAGGCCAUUUUACCUUUUUGGCAUCUCAUAUAGCUUAUAUGUGCCAUAUGUUUGUCAUUAAAUAGUUGAGUAGUCUGGUGUAUCAAAUAAUGUGUUAGUGAGGUCAACAGAUCAUUAAUUAAUAAUACCUAUCUAAAAGAGAAUUCUGAGGUACUUGUACAAUGUCCCUAUUCUUUGAUUGAAGAUAUACCAUGAACUUGCACUAUAUAAUCCCUAGAAUCAGAUAGAAACAAUGCUGCUAAUGUGUAUGGAGGUCACUUUUAUUACAAAACUGUUUUUAUAAUACCUCAAUCAACUAUCCAACAUAAUGUUACAAAACCAAUAACUGAACGACAAAGCAUGCCAAAUUUAGUCUUUUUUACUAUCCAGAUUACGGAGACUGAGAAUUGUGGAACAAUUAUGCUUGAAUGCUACUUGGAUGGAAAAAAAAAACAUAGAAUUGAAUAGAACUGGACCUUAAGUACUUUUUUCUUAAAUUGGCAUUCUAUUUGAAAGAACUAAACAUGAUACAUUUUUGAAAUUACUGAUGUAUGUACAGGUAUGUUAAUUUGGUGAUGGUCAGUGAGACUGCAGGAAAUGAUAAGAUUACGCAGACAUCUUGAAAUUUACAAAUUGAAGGCCUUUAUAGAUAACUUCAUCUAUCAUUGUCUCAUUGUUUUGCACUUAUGUACAUAGUUAGCCUGUCCCCUGUGUAAUAAUUGUCCUGUUUGGGCAGUACCUGGAGUACUACUUGUCUGCUUUCAAAGUGGUUUUAUGAAGCAUGUUUUGUCUGUUUUUACUUUUAUAUUUGUGUACUAACAGAAAAUGUAUUUGCACAUAUUAAAAAUGAGGAUGAUGAGAAAUAGGAUUACAUUUGAAGAUUUAAAUCAUGCAAGUUUGUAAAAAUGGAGUAGCCAGAAGACAUUAUGUAUAUAGAUGCUCCAUGACAUUAAAAGGUUUACGUGUGGUUCUACAAACACUUGUGAAUUUUUAAUGAGUGCAGCAGCUGUUUAAAAGUGUCACAAGUUGAAUUCUGACUACAUUAGUUAGUAGAUUCUGUGCAAUAUAGCAGAACAAUGGAAAGUGAUGUUUGUUCAGGCUACUAAAAUUAACAUCAGUCGUAGCUGCCUAUAAAUUAUUUACAAACUUCGCAGAUUUGUGAAUUUAUUUAAUACAUGUAUUCCAAGCUGCAGCCUCUAAUCCAUAAAUGAACUAUAUGCCACCUCAUGUUAAUAUAGUAAAAUCCAAUUCACGGGUGCUGUGAUUACAAGACCAAUUAUGAGGACAGUGAUUUCUGCAGGUAAUGAAUAUUAGUGUUGGAAGAGAGAUUGUUUAAUAAGCUUAGCUGAUGAGUUUGCAUCCAGUUAACAAAUGUUUAAUUAUAUAUUGCACUUUCAUUAAGACUAGUCUGUGUAGCCUUGACAUUGCAUGUAAUGUUUUGAUAUAACUCACCUGGAAAAGUUCAGAGUGCUACCAGUAAGCAAGUAUGUCAUUCAGAAUGGAAUAUACUGUAUUAUUGUCGUAAGUUUUCUUACGAACUGAAGACUUCUGCAAUGUUAUAUUAGUUAUGUUUGGCCUAUGUUACAAUAUUUAUGUCCAAAAUUUAUGAAAUUUGUUUUUGUGAAAUAAGUAGUAAGAAAUAAAAGCAAUUUAAAAACAAACCUUUGAAUAAACCUAAUGAACAAAGUGUUGCUGAAAGCAAA